UGGAUAUGCAGCAAUUUUAGCCUACUGUAGGCUAACCAACUAGACUAGAAGACAAAUUAAUCAGGCUGUUCACCUUUCGUCCCCUUUUGCGUCUCGGUGGCCGUGUUCUUUCUCCCGCCCAUACAUCCAUCCACUACAGUUCCUUUUCACGACCAUGGCCACAUCAGAGAAGAAGAAGGGCGACCUCGGGCGCGUCCUCGUCAUUGGUGGUAACGGCUUCUUGGGGCACCACGUUGUCAACCAGGCGCUCGACCUCUGGAACUCGACCCACGUCUCCUCGAUCGACCUGCGCUGCGAGAAGUUUCGCAGACCCGAGGUGACCUACAAGGAGUGCGACAUUACCGACCGAGAGAAGCUGCUCUCCGUGAUUGAGGAGCUCAAGCCGGACGUCGUGAUCCACACAGCCUCUCCCGUCGCCUCGGACCACACCAAUGCGAAGGAGCUUUUCCAAAAGGUCAACGUGGAGGGAACCGAUUCCGUCAUCGAGGCGUGCCAGAAGGCGGGCGUCAAGGCGCUGGUCAACACCAGUUCGGCAAGCGUUGUCAGCGACGAUGUGAAGGAUCUCCUCAACGCGGACGAGCGGUGGCCCGUCAUCAGGGGGGACCAGCAGAACUCGUACUACUCCGAGACCAAGGCCGCCGCCGAAGAGGCCGUUCUCGCCGCCAACCGCAAAGAACCCUACAAGCUCCUCACCUGCUCCAUCCGCCCGGCCGGCAUCUUUGGCGAAGGCGACAGCCAGACGAUCCCCGGUUUCCUCGCUGCCUACAAGAACAACAAGCACAAGGUGCAGAUUGGCGACAACAAGAACCUCUUUGACUUCACCUACGUCGGCAACGUCUCGCACGGACUCCUGCUCGCCGCGCACGCCCUGCUCGUCACGGCCGGCGCCUCGACCGCGCCCCUCGACUACGAAAAGGUCGACGGCGAGGCCUUCUUCAUCACAAACGACAGCCCCGUCUUCUUUUGGGACUUUGCCCGCGCCGUGUGGGCGGCCGCCGGCGACACGAGCGGCACGGCUGGUACGUGGCACCUGGGCCAGGGCGUCGGCAGCACGCUGGGCGUCUUGAGCGAGAUCUUUGGCAGCAUCACCGGCAGGACGCCCACCUUCAACAAGAAAAAGGUCACUAUGACUUGCAUGACCAGGUAUUUCAACAUCGCCAAGGCCAAGCGCGUGUUGCGCUACGAGCCCCAGUGGACGUUGCAGGAAGGUGUCACGAGAGGCGUGGAGUGGUUCUUGGAGCAGGAGAAGGCGGCGGCAGUCAAGGCUCAAUAAGUGAGAUAGACAGGAAGACAGCCAGGGCAGGGCCUAUUAUAUUCAGCGAUGGAUCUCAUAAGGAAAUAUGGUGGCCUCUCAUCUUUGCGGUUUACCUUAAUAUAGUCAUACCCCUUCACUGAUUUCAGAAACGACA